AUGAAAUCGAUUGAUCCACUCGUGGACGUGUACCGUCGCCGCAUGAUGAAACACACAGUGACGUGCUCAGUGACCCUGUGGUUGUUGUGGUUUGGUGUGAACGCCGCUGCUGCCCAGCCGGAGCGACCCAACAUUGUAAUCAUUGUUGCCGACGAUUUGGGAUGGAAUGAUGUCAGCUUUCACGGUUCGAAUCAGAUUCCAACGCCCAAUAUCGACGCGUUAGCGUACGACGGCAUCAUACUGAAUCGUCAUUACGUGCCACCGCUCUGUACACCUUCGCGGGCCACGCUGAUGACGGGCAAGCAUCCGAUGAACAUCGGCAUGCAGGACCAUGUCAUCCUGUCGGACGAACCGUGGGGUCUCGGGCUGGACCAGAAGCUAAUGCCCGAGUAUUUCCGCGAGGCUGGCUACCGGACGCAUCUGGUCGGCAAGUGGCAUCUUGGGUUUUUCCGGCGCGCGUACACACCGACGUACCGUGGGUUCGAUUCCCACUUUGGCUAUCUUGGCCCGUACAUCGACUAUUGGGAUCACAGCCUGCAGAUGAACGAGACAUCUGCCCGCGGUUUGGACAUGCGUCGCAACACCGACAUCAAUUACAGCGCGAACGGGACUUAUGCAACGGAUCUGUUCAACGAGGAAGCGGUCCGCAUCAUCGACACACACGACCAAAGCCAACCCCUGUUCCUGGUGCUAACCCAUCUCGCUCCCCACACCGGCAACGAGGACGACCCGAUGCAGGCGCCGGUGGACGAAAUCGCUAAGUUCCGCCACAUACAAGAUCCGAAGCGUCAAACAUUGGCAGCCAUGGUCGGGCGUAUUGAUACGGGGGUCGGGCGGAUCUAUCGCGCGCUGGAGGAGCGCAACAUGCUCACCAACACCAUCCUGCUGUUCUACGCUGAUAAUGGCGCCCCGACGCUGGGCACUCAUGCCAAUUCGGGUUCGAACUACCCAUUGCGCGGGCAAAAGUAUACUCCCUGGGAAGGAGCAGUCCGGGGUGCCGCCCUGAUAUGGAGCUCUCUUCUUCCACGGAAGAGUGUGGUUUCCGAGCAGUGGAUACACGUGAGCGAUUGGUUACCAACACUUGGGUUCGCAGCGGGCAUUAAGUCCAUCCCCACGGGCACUACAAUCGAUGGUCAAAACCAGUGGUUUACAUUGCUGUCCGCUGAUUCCAGCGGGCGUGCGGUUGUGAUGAACAAUGCCGACCAUAGGUUUGGCUACAGCAGCUACAUGAAGCUCGGUUGGAAGUACGUUAACGGGACGUGCUUUGCUGGAGCAUACGACACGUGGCUAGGCGAGCUUAUCGACAACAGUAACGUCACGGAAGAGGAGUACUACAACCGCCUAAUGGACGUCACUAGUAUCGGGUCUUCUAUGCGGCUUUCUCCAGAUAAGGUGCAAGAACUUCGACAAGCAGCUACCGUUAGCUGUGGGGACGAAGCUGCAGAAAUACGGUGUGAUCCACUGCAAAAACCAUGCCUGUUCAAUAUCGUUGACGAUCCUUGCGAGCGCAGAAAUCUAGCCGACCUGCACCCAGAUGUGUUACGCGAUCUGCAGUCGGAUGUCGUGCGGUACAAGCGAAACGCAUUACCACGGCGAAACAAACCCGCCGACAGCAGAGCAGACCCUGCCCUGCACAAUAACACCUGGACCUGGUGGCAAGAUACGGUCGACGAGGAUCGUUCGUCUCACUACAUCCUCUACCUGGCGGCGGCAGUUGAGAUACUGAUUAUUCUGUUCAUCAUAUGGUGCGGUCAGAAGUAUUACACGCGAUCGGGCGCGAAAAAAUGA